AUGUCGUGGGCGUCGCGCUUCCUGCUCGUGACGCUUUGCCUGGCAUCAAGUGUGUUGGGCGCCGCUGUCCCCUUCGAGGAUACGCUGCCAGCACUUACACCUAGACAGCAGGGCGUGGGAGCGCCCUACGGGUCUGCCAUGGCAUCAGGGGAUGCGGACUUGAGGAAACGGCAAGAGGACGAGGACGAAAGCACAACAACAAUACGACGAGGAACGCCGACAAUCACAACGGCGUCCGAGAGGACCACCACUGCUAGUACUGCCCGUCUCUCCAUAACACCACCAAGCACCAGCACAGACGUGCCCGCCGCGCUCCCGUCACCGUUCGACAGCAGCAUGGCCUCUACGUUCACCAACACUGACAACGCCGCCUGCCCAAAUUUCAUUAAUGCUCUCCUUUCUAAUUCCGACUUUAAGAGAUGUUAUCCCAUCUCUAUGCUGCUUUUGGUAAGACCAUUCUCUGCGCCAACCCCUCGUCCCUCAGCACUAACCUGGAUGCAGAGCUCUAAUGGGUUCUUCGAGGCGAGCAAGAGUCUUGUCAACAUUGUCCGCGUCCUUGACGCCGGUUGUGAGGUCGACUUUGACUUUUGCAAGGCCUAUCUUGGCUCCGUAGCCGAGCAGCUCAUUAAGGACGAGAACUGUGGGCCCGACUACAAAAAGGGACACGCCGUUGUUCGCGAUGCCUACAUGGGCCUCACAACCUACGAGACGGUCUACAAAGCGACAUGCCUGCAGAACAAAGACGACGCCAUGUACUGCUAUGCUACCGCCACCACAUUCAGUGACGCUUCUAAUAUCUACCCAUACCACCUGCCAUUCAACCUGACGUUUCCCGGCAGUGCCACGCCCGAGUGCAGCUGGUGCUUGUCUGAGACGAUGAGGAUUUUCCACGCCCAGGCCGCUGAUCGCCGGAAACUCAUCUCUUUGACGUACGAGAGUGCUGCACGCCAGAUCAAUACUGUGUGCGGCCCUGAGUUUGUCAACGAGACUCUCCCUGAGGCGGUGACGGGCAGCUUAGCGGGUGUCUUCCUGCCACCCUGGGCUGUCGGCGUCGUUGCCCUAUCACUGGGUCUGAUACACAACUUGCUGUAA